AUGUGGUGCAUGUGGGUUCAAGNGUUUACCAACAAGGUUGAAGAUUGGCGUGUGGCUGUGUCUGCGUUGGCUGAGUGUGAAGCUGCAGAACGGUACGUCCAUCUUGACCAUGUGGUGCAUGUGGGUUCAAGCUUGCUUCGACGGUGUGGGGGACGCGUGGAAAGGUUCGUCGCCGCUGUUGGCCAGAAGUUCUUUCUGCCCCAUGUCGAUGUGAUGCGUGUCAAGGCACAUUUUGGGAAUGUGAAAAAGUUUCCCCGAGUUGGUCAACUUCUGAGAUCGUCGUCUCCGGGUGCACCGGUUGACGUGGGCUCAGGUGGGAACCUCGACGCCGAAGUGGCGUACGGCAACCAUCCUAGCGCUUUACUGCACAGAGAUCGGAUCACAGACAAAGUUGUAUCGGACGUGAUAUUGGGGCGUGCGCUGAUUUUCGAUGUUCUGUCCAUCCGAGAAAUCCUAGGAAUCAGAGUGUCGCCGUUGGGCGUAGUCGACCAACCGAAGUUCAGAAUUAUUCACGAUCUCACUUUCACUUCUGGCGCGCCAAUCCGUAUGAGCGUAAAUCACGAUACGGACUUCGAUUAAGCACCUGAAUACCUCUUGGGUCAUGUGUUGAGUGACAUUCUGAAGCGGGUGCUGUAUUUGCGACAAGUACAAGUACACGGGGUGUCGUUGGAAAUUCUGAUCUGCCGCAUUUAUGUCAAAUAAGCCUUCCGACAAAUAUCGGUGGAUCCGUCUCGGGCAUCGGUUUUUGGUUACACGAUCGGAGAUCACGCGGUUGUUGACCUACGGUGUCAAUUUGGAUGGCGGUCGAGCCCAGGGUUUUGGUCCUUGUUCGCGUCCGCCUUGGAACACUGACACACACACACUACAUUUCAGGAAGCGUCCGUCUCUCCCGCCGGUGCUGCGGCUGUGCAGCAUGUUCAAGUAGCGUCCCCACCAGACGAAAGUACAGCGAUGCCGUUACCGGCUGAUUGCCAGACUAUUGUGGGUGACGGGGCGUUUGCUGGUGGGAUGCCUGCUUCGUCUGCUUUCGCGUCCCAAGUGCCGAGCCCGAACAGACGGGUAGUGCUGGGUCCAGUGUUCCACGAUGACCUCGAAUUUUGGCGGUGGUUCCACGGGCGUGGUCUCUUGUUGCGCGGCGGAAGAUUGUGUGCACCCAUGUACAACAUUUUGGAACGUCCACCCAAACUAUCCGUGUUCCCCGACGCGUCCAAGCAAGCAAUUGAAGGGUAUUGUUUGCAA